AUGGUUUCAGCGACGCUUCUUCAUCUCACCUUAGCUUCUAUUGAAGACAAAUAUUAUUUUGCAAAAACGAGCAAGGGACCGCAUAUCAUUCGACAUAGUUUAUUAAAGCAAACGUUCAAAUUAGGAUACCCACUGAAGUUAUAUUGUGAGGCGGAAGGCCUAUACAGUCCUCAAAUCAAUUGGUAUAAGAAUGGAGUUCAACUCUCCAAUGAUCAUAGAACAGUGAUUAAAACGGAACGAUUCCGACAUGGAGUGUCUUCGCGCUUACAACUGGUACUUACAAGGAUUCUUGACGCAGGUCUCUAUGACUGUGUAGCGAGAGAUGACAAUGGCAUCCACAUGAGAGAAUUCCGCGUAGAUUAUAAGUUAUAA